CAAUCCCAUUCCCCCCCCAAUUCCAUUCCCACCCCUCGCUCCCCCCCAAGCUCCGGCCGUGGAGUCCCUCCGAGCUCUUUCCCAACUCCAUUCCCCUCAGGGUGGAGGGGACGACACCAACUCCCCCCCUUCCCGCCGCCCCUCCCCGGGUUCCCCCAUGUCCCGUGUUCCCUGGGAGGAAGAGGAAUGCCUGGAUUAUUAUGGGAUGGUAUCGCUGCACCGCCUUUUCGAGGUGGUGGGUUCCCAGCUGACGCCCAGCGACGUCGCCGUCCUCUCGUUCCUGCUGGACGAAUCGCCUCCGGCCCCGCACCCGCUGGACCCCGCGCUGUGGGGCGGCGAGGGGAGCGCUUCCCCGCAGCUCCUGGAGCGCUGGAACCGCCGCCGGCGCCGCCUGCACCGACACCACCACCACCAUCAUCAUCACCACCACCAACGCGCCGAGGAUGAGGAGCGACUGCGUCCGCCGCCGGCGCCGCCGCGGGACGGCGUGGAGCUGCUGCUGGAGCUGGAACGGCGCGGGCUCUGCGACGAGGGCAACGUGCGGCACCUGCUGCAGCUCCUGCGCGUCCUCACGCGCCACGACCUGCUCCACUGCGUCUCCUUCAAGCGGCCUCGCACCGUCUCGCCGGAGCGGUUCACCUGCGGGCCGGCCGUCGUGGGGAGCUGCCUGAGCGCCGGCGCCCCCCAACCCCGCCAGGAGAACUGGGAGACUGGCUCCAGCUCCGGGAAGCGCAAGCGCAGCAGCCGCCGCAGCCGUCGCAGCAGCAGCAGCCGCAGCAGCAGCCGCAGCAGCCGGACACCCCUCGCCCCCCGCCGGCCCCCCCCGGAGCCCCCCGCCAAGGUCACCUGCGACAUCCGCCUGCGCGUCCGCGCUGAGUACUGCGACCACGACUCGGCUCUUCGCCGCAGCGUCGCCUCCAGCCGCCCUCGCGGUCCAGGUCGUCAGCUCGACGUGUUCGGCCAAGCCAGCGGCAUUCUCAAAUCCCGGGAUUUGGGUUCCAUCCUCUGCGAUAUCAAAUUCUCGGAGCUUUCCUACCUGGACGCUUUUUGGGGGGAUUACCUGAACGGAGCGCUGCUCGAGGCGCUCAAAGGCGUUUUCCUCACCGAGGGGUUGCGCCGCGCCGUGGGGCGCGAGGCCGUCCGCCUGCUCGUUAGCGUCGACCAGGACGACUACGAGGAAGGGCGGAAGCUCCUCCUUCGCGCCGCCCAGAGGAACCAGACCUCGCCCUAGAGUUUGGAAUUCCGGGGCCUGGAAAAAAUCCCCGCUCCCGCCCCGAGAACGCGGGAAAAUGAGACUUCGGGGGAAAUCCGGGGGAAAUUGGGGGUGGACGAGGCCGUUCCCGUCUUCGUUAGCGUUGAUUUGGACGAUGACGAGGAGAAAUGGGAGAUCCUCCUUCGGGUUUCCUGGAAAACCCAUCCCUUCCAUGGAUUUUGGGGUCCCUGAGGCUGGAAAACCCCCAAAAAUGUUAUGAAAUGGGAAUUUGGGUGGAAUCCGGGGGAAAUUGGGGGUGGACGAGGCCGUUCCCAUCUUCUUUAGCAUCAGUCGGGAUGAUAACGAGGAGGGAUGGAACCUCCUGCUUGGGGCUUCCCCCCAAAAAACAGCUUUUUCCAUGGAUUUUGGGGUUUCCAUGGCUGGAAUCCCCCCAGAUGUUGGGGAAAAAAGGGGUUUGGGGGUCUGUGAGGACAUUUGUCUCCUCGUUAGCGUUAAUUAUGAUGAUGAUGAGGAAGGAGGAGAAGUUCGGGCACUGCAGGAACCGGAAAAAAGAGCACUUUCCAUGGAUUUGAGGGCCUAAACCCCCCAAAACAUCAAGAAAUGGGGUUUGGGGGGGGAAGUUUGAUAGGAUUUGGGGGUGUAUGAGGCCGCUCGCCCUCCUCGUUAGCGUUAAUUAGGAUAAUUAGGAGGGACAGAGGCUCCAGCUCCGAGAAUCCCUGAAAAUCUGUCUCCCCCGCGUGGAUUUUGGGGUCCCUGAGGCCAAUUCUGACCCCAAAAGUUGGGAAAUGGGGGGGGUUUGAGGUAAUUAGGGGGGGGGGUUGAGCCGUUCUCUUCGUUAGUGCUAACGAGGAAUGAAAGCUCCGGCUCGGGGCACCCCAAAACCCACUCCUCGCCCACAUGGAUUUGGGGCCGAACCCCCCAAAAUGGCAAAAAAAAAGGGGGGGUUUGAGGGGGUUUUGGGGUUUUAAGCCAUUUCCCUCCUUUUUAGUGAUGAAUUUGCUAAUUAAUGGGGGGGGGGUACCCCAACACCCCCCCCAUGGGGUUCAACCCCCAAAAUGGCACCAAAGGGGGCAUAAAAGAGGGGUUUUCACCCCAAAAUUCACCCCCUUUGUAUUGAGGUUAUAUUAAGGGGGGGGGGGGAGUGCCUGGGAACCCCAAAAUCUGCUCUUUUCACCCCAAAAAUGUCCCCCCCCGGGUGUUUUGGGCCAUGGGGGUGUCCUGGCACCCC